AUUUGUGGCUCAAACCCUGCAAACGAUUUUUUUUCUCGACGUUCUUGGAACACGGUCAGUGCCUUUCCCUGUACGCAAAGACACUCAAUUCUCGCACAGACCAUGACAGUGAACACCGAGAUCUCCCAUGCCUUGUCGACCAUCCAAGAUGUUCUCGGCAACCUCAGACGUUUGCAGACCACGGAUUUGAGUGGCUGCCCCGACGUGGGCAAGGUGGACCUUGAGGAUGCGCACAACAUUGCGCAGAUCAUCCAGGGCGCGGCCUUCAUCUUCUUGGCGAUGUGGUUGAUUUUCGCCAACAACUCCAAAGUAGCAGUGGCCCAAAAGGCACCCUUGGAGCAGCGUCAUGCGGUUUGCGCCACGAUCAGUACGGCGGUGGCACUCUUCUCGGGUUUCUUCAACAUCCUGCAGCUCACGGCCAUCGAUGACUUCGAUCUUCCGGGCCGAGAGAACAACUUCAGCUUGAACUUGUCGAGACCAAUCGAGUGGAUCGCCACAUGCCCCAUCAUGCAGCUGAAGUUGGUGGUGCUGGCCGGUGCACGUGUUCCCAGCUAUCGUCGCUUCAUGAUGCCUCUCUUGAGUGUGGCCGUGCUGCUUUGUGGUACUGCUUCGAUGUUCACUGGCGAUGCCUUACGCUACGGCUGGUAUGGAUUCGGUCUGCUCUUGGCCGGCAUCAUGUUCUACCACAAUGCCUUGCAGAUCCGAGAGAACUCCGAGGGCGAAGAGAACGCCUUCAUGGGCGAUUCAGACUUCCGAAAGCUCUCCUUGUUGCUGAUCCUCACUUGGUUCCCGUUUCCGAUUUGGUUCAGCUUGAGUAUUGAGGGCUUUGGAGUGAUUACCGACUAUUUGGUCAUCGAGAUGGGAUGGGUGGCCUUGAACAUUAUUUCGAAAUUCACCUUCAUCAUCCUCAUGCAGCGUAUGAAGAUGCUCCACCAGCGGAAGCUGGAAGCUGCGCGGGAACUCUAUGGCCUGUCCCCAACCGAUGAGAUUGGGGAGGAUGAGCUGAAGCAGAAAAACAAUGGCCAUGUCAAGUCUGCUGCAGGCGGUGUGGCGGCAUCCGCGUACGGCUUGGGCUUUGGUGAGGAGGCUGAGAGUGAAGAGAAGAUGGUGGAAGUUGUGGCCGAGACCAUGGUGACCUUGGGCAUGAGUGCGCACACGGACCGGCUGGUCAGAUUGAUGGUGGAGAACGGCGUGACGAACACCGCCGUGCUGGAACGGCUCAACGGCGAACGCUGCAUGGAGCUGAACUUGCCCUAUGUGUUGAUCGAGGCAUGCCAGAAGCGUUGGACCUCGGAAAAGAUGAACUUGGGACAGGACCAGGGUGGCUUGAUUGAGAAAGAAGAUCCCUUUAUGAAGCUGUUGGAAGCCAACAAAGACCGCAUGACCAACGUUUCUGGGAAGACCACCAACAACUUGAUGGCGGCUCUGCCGGGAAUUCCGGCCACUGAACAGCCCAGCCGCAUGAUGCCAGGCAUGAUGAUGACCGAGGACAUGGAACAUGUCUUCACGUCAAUGAUGCACCAGGUCUUGCUGCCGUUCCAGGAGCAGGUGAUGACGAAGCUCCAUGCCAUGGAAGAGAACAUGCAGCGUCAGAUGGAAACAUCUCAAGAGGCCAUCGCACAGAGGAUGGAUUUCUCACAAGUAGCGAUCUUGCAGACGGUCAACGCCUGCCAGGUCUUGUUGCACAAGCUGGACAGUUCUCAGGAUAGUGUGGUGCAGAAGGUGGACACCCAAAAGAUCGCUGUGGAUAACCUGUUGAACAGCAUCACUGGGGCCACGGACAACACCAAGCAGGCGCUCAUGGAGACGGUGAACUCCUCCAGCAGUGUCCUCCUACAGAAGUUGGAUGUGACGCAGCAGGAUUUGUUGAAGCAAUCCAAAGACUCCCAUGAGCUGCUGGAAGGAGUGGCUACGAAGCAAACCGCCUUGGUCAAGCAGGUGGACUCCGGCCAUGAGUUCACACGGAAGCGUUUAGUGGAGAUGGAAGGCACCUUGGAGCGAAGGAUCACCGACAGCUCCGAUGAGCUCCGCAAGGACCAACAGGAGAAGUCGGAGAAGCUCACCACGAACGUGCAGGGCGCCCUGAAGUCCUUGGCCGAGCAAUGCAAUGCCAUGGCAGAGACCACCGAGCGGGCCACCGCCACGCAGGAGGAACGCAUGGUGGAUGUGCGCCGACAGACGAUGCUGAUCAUGGACCUGGUCUCCAACACCCAGGACUCCAUCCAACAGAGUGCCAACAGCCUCGAGAGCUUCACACGUUCGGAAUACAUGCAGCACUCCUCCGCCAACUUGGAGAUGAAUCUCCGCGAGGUCAUCGUCAAGCAGCUGUCCGAGGUCAAGGAAAGCCUUUUGGGCGUGAACGGUGGCACUGACACCAACUUGAAGUCGGCAAUCGCGGCCAUGGUGGAGCGCUUAGACGAAGGGGUCCAUCGCUUAGAACUGGCCUCCUCACAGGGCCAAGUCGUCGGCUCGACAAGCGCCACGUCUGACGCUGAGCUUUUGCGGCAAGAGCUGCUGGGAGUGGCCGAGGUGCUCUCGCAGCAGCAGCAAGACGUGAGCAGCCAGAACUUGCAACAGGUGGGUGAACUCCUCCGCACUGAGCUCUCAUCCUUUAAGGAGACGCAGGAGGCCCAGUCCACGGAGAUCUCCACGAAGCUCAGCGAGAAGGUCUCCGAGUUCUCCGACCAGGUGAACCAGAACCUUGCCCGCGUCGAGGCCAACCUUGACAAGAUUCUGGACUCUAAGGGAGAGUCUCGCACGGACGGCACACGCCGACGUGCCGAGCGCGGCUAGGUCCGUCGUCGCGCCCAAUUUUUUAUCUCCGGCCAUCCGGGGGGAUCGACCUAUGCAAGAUCCGGUGGUGGCUAUCGCAAGAUCCGGU